AUGGCGGGUAUUGCUAAGUCAUCUCUCUGACUGUAAACAAUAGUUCUCUCGAAUGAAGAUUUACCAUGAAUAAUAGAACUGAGCCCGAAGGAAGCAGCGAUGCUGAUAAGUCGAGGAAACCACGGACACAGCAGCAAAAGAACUCGGAAUUUUUUGCAACACUGGAACAGCUUGAGCAGAGAAUUUCUGCCCUGGAAAAGGAUAGAAACACUCCACUUUACAGUCGACGCAGCGAGUUUCGUAAAGACUACUGUGAACUUGAAGAAGUGGAUUUGAAGGGAACAAAUGAAAGAAAAUCAGAGAAAAGUAAACUGAAGCAGCAGUUGGGUAAAAUCAGGGCAAAUGUAAACAAGUUCCAGAGAGACUUGCAAGAUGUGAAACCAUCACCAGAGUUUGUGGAAAAACUCAAAGAAAUAAUGGAGGAAAUUGAAAAUUCUAUGAUGACAUUCAAAGAACAGCAGAGAAAAAUCUAUGAUGAGCUGAUGCAUGAAGAGCGAACAUGCCUACAAGAAGUAGCAGCAAUGGAGAAAAAGUUUGAUUCUUGGUCACAGUUGCCUGCACCUGCAACAGCUGCUGUUGAUGUAAAGAAAGCAGCUGGGGCUAUUACAGUUUCACUGCCACCUGCAGUCGCAGCAUUUGAGAGAUUCUUGGCACAGACUGGUGGACACAGUGGAGGUUGGGAUGACUAUGAUCAACAACUCUUCUUAAAGCUUAAGAGCAAACACAAGAACCAUGAAGCUUUCAUGCGAGCUGCAGGAUCAGAGAUUCCUGGAAGAAGCAUUGAUGAUGUGCGACAGCAUGAUGAAUGGUACAGCGAAUACUUGAUACUCAAAGAAAGUAAAAAGAAAGCCAUCCAAGAAUGGAAAUACAACAAAGAGGCAAAGAAAGAUGACUUGUUAAAAGAUGAUGAAGAUGAAUUGGAGGAGGAAGAGAAAAUAAAGAGAAGAAAAGAAGAACAAAUAGAAAAGGAGAGAGAAGAAAGAGUCAAGCAGUUAAAUGAAUGGAAGGUACAGAAGGAAUUAGAGAAGGCAAAGACAGAGGAAGCACGGCUCAGAUUAGAAAUGAACAAAGCCAGGGAGAAAGAGAGAGAGGAAAGGAAAAGGCUGGAGAUUAAAGCACAAGUGGAAGAGUACGCAAGACAAAAAGCAGAAGAACACGCUAUUUUACAAGCAGCACGACACGCGAGACAUCACCAAGAAAAAGAGGCAAAUAAAAUAACCGCGGAAGAGGCAGCGAAAAUACAAGAAAGGAGCCAAAAGAUGUUAGAUGAACGAAAAGCCAAGUUGAAAGUGAAGGAGGUUCAGAAACAAGAGAAAGAAAAAAGGCUCCAGAAACUAAAAAGUCAGGUUGAAGUGAAUGUAUCUCGCGACCCAUCUCGACUGUACAAACUUACUGCUGGCUGGGAACAGAGAAAAAAAGAAGGGCCUGGGACGGCUGGACAUGGGCCCAGUCUUCAUAUGCCACACAGGGCAGUCCCAUCAUGGCGGCAGGGAUUAUCAUGACAGCUAGCUACUCUACAGAACACUCAUCGCCAUUCUGAAGCCCAUGGACUUACGUUGUUUUGCAUUUUUGAUCCUUGUUCAACAUGUAUUACAACUACCUUUCCGUCAUCUUUAAAACGAAAAUUUUCGAUGGCUUUAUCAUCUGUGGAAUGUGAUUCCAUUCUCAUAUCGGGUAAGCUUAAAUUCGCUAAAACGUGGUCAAGAAAGAGCCUGAAGAACAACCGUCAUCUGUUAGUGAGGCGCGCGGAAGCGCGAGGCAAGAGACCCUAGCAAGGUCAUUUUGUUCGCGCUCCUCCCCUCACGCGUCUCUCCCCUCGCGCUUACCCACUCCCGCCAUAUGUUGAUAGCUCCCACAGCUUAUCAACAUGUGAACGUUAAUCUUGUUAAUUGCGUUAAGAGGGGCACUGUUAUUUCACUUGCACCUCGUAAAAAACUGCAUUUGAUAUAAACAUCUCCUGGAGGCCGUGAGUCUUCCAAAGCUUGGAGGUGGGAAACAACCGAGUUGAUAGUGUACAGUUUUAAAUGAAAUUGUGAAUAAAAUAAUUAUUUAUGUGUCAAGGGGUUUUAGAAAUAAUUCUAUACUAUAGAGAAA